UCAUCAACCCUCCUCACUUUACUGGCACCCUCUAAAACCACUAACUGAGCCUCCAAACAAUGUCACACACAUCAGAGGAAGAAUCCUUGAACAACCUCCAGCAGCAACCGAAGCUAGAGGCUUGCGCUGCUGGAUCAAGCAAAGGUGACACUGUCAUGCCUGUGGUGAAGAAGAGACGAGGUCACCCAGGAAACCCAGAUCCAGAUGUUGAGGUCGUAGCUUUGUCACCUAAGACACUCCUGGCAACAAACAGGUAUAUAUGCGAGGUCUGCCACAAGGGCUUCCAGAGAGACCAGAACCUCCAACUUCAUAGGAGAGGCCACAACCUACCAUGGAAGCUGAAGCAGAGAAGCAGCACAGAAGCUAAGAAGAAGGUGUAUGUCUGCCCUGAGAUUACCUGCCCUCAUCAUGAUGCAACCCGAGCUUUGGGCGAUCUCACAGGCAUUAAGAAACACUACUCCAGGAAGCAUGGGGAGAAGAAGUGGAAGUGCGACAGGUGUUCAAAGAAGUAUGCUGUUCAAUCAGAUUGGAAGGCUCACACAAAGAUAUGUGGCACCAAGGAGUACCGAUGUGACUGUGGGACAAUCUUCUCAAGAAAGGAUAGUUUCAUCACACACCGAGCCUUCUGUGAUGCAUUAGCUGAAGACACUUCUAGGGUUAACCACAGCCUGGCAACAAUGGUUGGAAGUCUGCACGGUCAACAGCAAGAUAUGUUUUCACAUGGAGUGCCUAGCUUCAGCUCUUCACCAACUGAUAUGAUCGCAAACUUAGCUAGUAACGACCAUAACUCAGACAGCCAUCUGAGAUCACUAUCCCCUUAUGCUCUCGUUACGAGGAACACUACAUUGUUCUCAAACCAGAUAUCACCCAAGGAAUCAGGAUUCCCACUUGAUGGAAGUGUGACAAGUUAUCCUUAUAUGUCCAUGAACUCCCCAUACAUGUCUGCAACAGCCUUGCUACAGAAAGCUGCAGAGAUGGGAGCAAAGACCAGCCAGGAUCCUAUUUCGCCAUUACUUCUUAAAAGUUUCCCAAAUAACUUGACUAGUUCUAGAGAUCAUAUGAACAUAUCUUCUAGAAGCCAGGGAGAUUCCCUUGGGAAUUCAACAGUUAAUAGUGAUUGCAUGAAGACAACUGAAGAUGAGAACUCUUACAUGAUUGGCCGUGGUAAUAUUCUGAUCAACGCACCGUGGUCCAGUGGCAUCAUGAGGCCAGGUACUGUGCCUUUAAUUGGACUAAUGAACCAUCCAUUUUCCAUGAGAGAAGAAAAGGAUAACCCUAGCAUUUUCCCUGAAAACCAGACACAGCACAACAGACAGGACAACAUUUCAGGUGUAGUAGAUGCAGAUGCAGGACUAACCCAAGACUUUCUGGGUUUAGGAGGGAGUGGGACUUUGGAUAUGAGUUCCGAGACCUACAACGCGGAUGUGACAGCAUUAAGCUAUUCUGAUGAGCAGGAGAAACCUCAGGAACAUAUCUACUCUUACCAUCAGUCAUCUCUUGACCCCACUGCAUUGGAAAAACCCAUUUGGGAUUCUUAAGCAGACAGUUCACUUACACUGGUAGUUCACCUUCAACUUAACAGGAGCAGAAUUAGCCAUUAAGCAGGUGUUGACAUAAUAUCAGGCAGUAAAACCUCUUGUUCAUUGGGGGGAAAUAGGUUUAAAAGUUCAUUUCUAUUUGAAAAUUGAGAAGGUACCUCGGUAGUAUUAUCUUCAUCAGUGAUCCAUCCAGGACGACUUUAAGGAGUUAUUGUAUUUUCAUUCAAGAGAAACAUUAAUAAAUAUUUCUGCAAACUGUUGGCUUUA